AUGCAUACCGAUCAACAAGUGAAAAAAAGGUUACUCGAUGAAUUUAACGACAUAGAAUCGAAGAAUUUGUGGAACAUUACGUUCAGAUUUGUUGAAGUAGAAAGUUCAAAAAUUAAAAAAACUUCUGAUGAAGCAAAGAAACCACAGAAUAAGGCUUUAAAUAGAUAUCAAGAUGUAUCUCCUUAUGAUGAAACUAGAAUUAUCCUAAAAAGAGGAAAUGUAUCUUACAUAAAUGCCAAUCUGGUACAAGUAUGUAAUUGUGAAAGGCAGUAUAUACUGACUCAAGGACCCUUAGAAAACAGCACUUCCCAUUUUUGGCUCAUGGUAUGGGAACAAAAUAGCAAAGCCAUCGUAAUGUUAAACAAAGUUAUCGAAAAGAAAAAACUUAAAUGUCAUCAAUAUUGGCCGAAGAAAAAAAAAGAUAAUGAUAAAUUUGUAUGGAAUGAUGUUGGUUUAUCUGUAGAAUUUGUUUCUAAAAUCAAUCAUGGAUUUUAUGCACUAAGUGUUUUAAAGCUUAAUGAUUUAGAUUCAGGAGAAUCUCGUGAGAUUUAUCAUUUCCAUUACACUGAUUGGCCAGAUUUCGGAGUACCAAAAACUCCUACGCCAUUUUUACGUUUUCUCAGAGAUGUUAGACGUAGUGGUAGUCUUGAUCCGUCCAACGGGCCAAUUGUCGUUCAUUGUUCUGCAGGAAUAGGACGUUCAGGAACAUUUUGCUUAAUAGAUUCCUGCCUUAUAAAAAUGAAUACACCAGAAGGCUUAGACUAUGUUCAUAUACGUACAUUACUAGCAGAAAUGAGAAAAUGUCGAUUGGGUCUUGUGCAGGCUCCAGAACAACUACGAUUUGUUUACCAAAGUGUUAUUGAAGCCCUCGAUUCAGAUUGGGAAGCAGAUAAUGAGGAUAAUUUACCUAGUCUAGAUGGCUCAUUAUUGAAUAAUAUAAGUGAAUCAGACUGUGAAAGUAGUGAUAGCGAACUAAGCAGUGAGGCGCCCCCUUUACCUCCACCUCGUAUGGAAUCAUUAAGGCAGCAAGAUGAAGAUGAUUAUGAUGAUGAAGAAUCAUUAGUGUCAGAAUCUGAUAGUGAUGAAAAUGAAUCAACCCCACCACCAUUACCACCUCCCAGAGAUCUCGAUUUAUCUAAACCUAAUGAUUGCAUGGAGACAACCAAUACCAAAGAUGAGCGCAUUAAGAACAAAGUUGAAGGAGAGGCAGAAAAAACCAAAAUUAUGGCAGACAAAUUAAAAAUAAUGAAGAGAAAACAAAAAGAGCAAGAAAAAUGGGAACAAAUCAAAAGGUCCUGGUUUUAUCCAUUGAGAAAUUUAGGCAUUGGAGUUUUAGCUCUAAGUGGUGGUGUAAUGAUUGUCGCAUACUUGAUGAAUUAUAAAAAAUAA